AUGCUUAUUCUACUCACAUUACUUGGCAUUAUCUUUUCGGCAACAGUUAUUUUAACAAUAGUUUUACAUUGGAGAGCGCAUUGUCGAUCAGUUGUCAACCUUUUGAUCUGUAAUUCCUGCUUGACUCUCCUUUUUCUUGGAUUAACAGUCAUUUUUCAAGUAUCUCAUAUGAACAAGUACGAGGAAAAUACAAUUUUCUGCCGAUUUCGCGCUGCUCUUUACCUUAGUGCAUGUAUGUGUGCGUCUUUAUCAUACCUCAUUCAAGCAAUUUCACGUUACUUCAUAACGAUUCUCUACAAAUACAGAUUUCUCGCGACAUUCCGUACGAAUAUAAUCUUAAUUCUACUUAUCUGGGUAUACAGUUUCAUCUUACCAGCUCUGGUUUUUAUUUCACCGAGUGCUUAUCAGCAUGAGUCGGAAUCUCGAAUGUGUGUUCUAACAACUAAAUUGUUUUACACAUCAUUUCUUGUUGUUACUCUCGUAUUCAUUGUACCUAUCAGUAUCAUUAUUACUCUCUAUUUUGUCAUACUUCGUCAAUCAACAGGGCAAAGUCGCACGUAUUUCAGUCAACUCGCUACACCGCGAAUGAAACGAACUUUAAAAGUCUUUCGGAAUGUCAUGAUUUCAGUGAUUGUUCUUGCUAUUGGUGGCACACCCUACGUUUUCUGUGUUAUCAUGAACACAUUCAUCGAAAUACCCUGGCAAUUGUAUUCAACAGCAUUCUUAUUUAUAUCGCUUUCUGCCACAUUGAACUCAUUAGCACUUUUCUUCAUUAAUCGACAGAUUCGACUGUUGGUUUACAAAAACCUUCACUUUCAGCAGACUGAAUAUGAAGAUACAACUACAGACGACGACCAAGCCAUGCCACAAACGAUACGAAUGCCACCGACAAUCAUAUGA